AUGGCCAACAUACCGCUGCACUGCAACAUCUGUCCCAAGAAGCCAAACUUUAGCGAUGUUUCCCAUUUGCUCACACACAUUGCCAGCAAGGGCCACUUAUCCAAUUACUACAAGGUCAAGGUCCGCUCCACAAGUGAGGAAGCAUCCCGCCAGCUCAUCGAGGCGUACGAUCAGUGGUAUGCUGAAUGGUCUGUCGAGGAGCUCAUGUCAGAGCGGAUGAAUCAAAAGGACAAACGCCGCACUCGACCGAGGCCUGCUGGUAUACCCCUCGCUCGUCCUGCUUCAGCGCCCAAGAUCGAGGCUCCUGAGCCACGGCCCGUUCGCCGCGCCGCCCCAGGCAAUUUCCUAGACCCUCGUUUGUCGGAACAGCAGCAGCAGCAGCAUACAACGAUAAAGCUGGAGCAAUCCCCUUCACCCAUCUCACAGCCCAUGGGCCCGGUUCUCCGCAGUCGCAAUACUUUUGCACCACGCAUGCAAUACUGGUCUACAGAGUCACGCGCCAGCUCCCGAAGCUACACCAACCCCGACUAUGACACUUCGAGUGAGUACUCAGACCCCAGCGAGCGGCGAAGACCGUAUCGAUAUUCAGCGGCUUCUUGCGCCAUCGAGGAUGAUCCUGCAGACAUGGCAGACCCAAUGGCUGUCAGCGAGUCGACCAAGCUCAAGGGGGUAUACUGGCCCGGGAUGGACAUCUUUGACUCUGCUACCCCAGAGAUGCGACGCAAGAGAAACCAAAAGAAAGACAGUUCUGUCGUUGCACAGUUGGAGCUCAAUUCCUUAGACGUGGAAGCUACUGAGCUCAUCUUCACUCCCAUGGGAUCAUUCAAACGGCAGAGGAGAAUCUCAUGCUCCGAGUCUGAUGACGAGGACGAGAUUGACAUCAAGUCUGAGAGCUCACCUCCGAUACGCAGGCGUCCCGCCCUCGCCCAUCUUGAUGCCAACACCUCUCGUCGCACUAGACAAUCAAACCGGCAAGCGUUCUCAUUCUUUGGUCGUGCUCAGUACGAGCAAGACCACGGGCGCGCCAAGAACAACAGUCGCGCGUCGAAGCGAAAACGUUUCGAUGUCUUUCAAGAUGAUGACAGUGCUACCUACUCGCAGCCGAACAGUCUGACAUAUCUUACGUCUGGCUUUACGCGCCAGCCAUCUCCAAGCCCAGUGCCCCCUUUCAACUCUUAUAAGCCUUUCAACGAUCCGUUCGAAUACGAAAACAAGGAGAACAUCCUGCCUUCAUUUCACCAAGCAACGUACGGAAAUGGCCACAGUCACCAGAGCACUGGCUACCAGUAUCCUGUUUACUCAUACGGCCUAGGGCCUGACCAUAACGGCUUCCAGUUUGGUAGCCACUUGUACAAUGCAUCCAAUGGCUACCAGCAACAAGGCCAGGAUGAUGAUGACGACGAUCAACGCACCAUUACCGCUCCACCCUCUCCUUCCACUAGCUGA